AUGAAUAACAUUGAUAAAUCAGCGGAAGAGUUACCUGAUUUAACUGAUUUGGUACAAGUAGUGACCGCCCCUAACGAGAAUGUUGAUAUGUUAGGCCUAUCAGUUCAGCCAAACGAACCAUCUGCUUUUAAAGGUCUUUCCGCUUUGAGUCUUGUUGCUUUCUUAAACAACAGUCAGAUACCUCAAGCUGAGAAAGAUAUUUUUAUUACAAUGUUGCAAGCCAAAGGUUCGUCAAGGAAGUCGACCAACGGAGUUCCCAAGCAGAAAACCAUUGCAGAUAUCAGAGAAUCUCUUAAGAGUUUAGAUUCCGUCGAUGGGGAGGCUGAGAACAAAGUCAACAUGGAUACUUGGGCUAAACGGAUCCGUCAAAAGGUCGGAAAAGUUCAGCUCCAAGGUCAAGACGCCGUUGAUUUACUAGGUGACCUUUUAAAAGGUUCUGCAUCUAAUUGGUUUGCGGACAAAGUUGGAAACGUUCCAAACUAUGAAGAUAAUGACUUCAAUUUUUGUUGA